AGGAUGAUCCGAGCGUCAUGACCUCACGAUGGCAGUCAAGCACCCAAGCUAACUGGCUAAAGGUGGCUAGUUUGCUAUCUACUGCCAGACACAAAUGAGAGAACACCUCACUCUGGACAUUUUACUCGACCUAGCAGAGCUGGUUAGAGUGUUUUCUUGUUAUCUAGAGGGUUAGUGACUGUAACUGUGUUAUGGCAACAAUGUAAUUCCGUUUUUAGCCGAUGUUUACUUGCACCUGUCAUAACCAAUUUUAGGGCGUUCGUAAAUUCCUCAAUUUACUAUUCGCUCGCAAACCAGAGUGUUCUGAAAUUGGAGCCGAUUACCACUGUGAAUACGAAUGCACCCCAAAUUUGAAGUUCACGAGAAAAUCACGUCAGAUGUCUCGUUCUGCGCAAACUUCUGCCACGUUCAAAACAACUGGGAACUCGGAAAUCUCUGACUUCCGAGGGUUCAAGACAUCUGAGAACCCGUAAAAAACGAGCCUCGACUGGGAAAAAUCGUAUUGAACUGUCAUCCAACUGAAAACUCUAAGUUGGAAACUCGGACAUUUUUCUAGAGCUCCGACUUUCCGACCUGAAAUGAAGAUCACCGACGUCAUUCCAAUUUGUAAGUCGCUCUGGAUAAGAGCGUCUGCUAAAUGACUUAAAUGGUAAAUGUAAUGACUACACCUCGGUUAUAUCUGAGUUCCCAGUUGUCUUGAAAGCACCAUUCACACGGGGCAGAGGCCUCUUCGGGGAUAGCGAAUCGGAGUGAGGAAAGCAAACAUAAUCGCUAAAGAUGGCGACGGAGAGAGACACCGAAGAGAAUACUGCAUGUAUUAUCAUCGCUAAAUGUUUUUUUUAGAUAGGUGGACACGCAAAAUACCGAGAGCUUUUAAGUUGAAGUCCUGUGUGCACACAUGAUUUGUUUUUCACUGGAGCGCCCAAGUUCCAUGUCAAGUUAGCAGUGUUGGCUAGCUAGCCUGGUUGGAUUCUCAAUCGGGACGAAUGUCGUUGGAAUGCAGAUAGAUUUUAUGAGCGAUUAAAUUUGCUACAAACUGUCCAUGAAGCUAUUGGACAACAUCGUCUCUUACUUUGGAAUACAGCUAGCCAGCCUUUCAACAGGACCCGCGACACGGCGAGUGUUGAGUCGAAGUGACUGACCGUCAUGUAUUUUUUAACUGGCUGGCCUCGGAGGCUACUUUGUCCACUGAAAAGUGAAGAAGAACCGUUUCAUGUUCAACCCAGCUCCCAGAGGUUUUACUUCGCUGUAUUGUCCGAGACUCAACUAAGCGUCUGGUUUAGUCGGCCCAGUGUUCUGAUAGUGAGCUACAUAGAGUCGGCGAAAGCAUCAUCCCAGUUUGGCUUCUAUCAGCAGGCCGAAUGGAAGCAGGACGAUUCCAUGAUAGCAGUAGCGGCUGCCAAUGGUUACAUCCUCCUGUUUGACGUGGUGGGAGGAGGAGAGGACAAGUAUCUUUAUGAACCCGUCUAUUCCAAAGGGAGUAGUGGUGUUAAGGUCACCCCAGGUUAUAAAGAGGAGCAGUGUGCCCCCGCUCUCAGCCUGGAGAUGAAGAGACCCUUAGAUCUGGAGGCUCCCAUCACCAGCAUGCAGUCUCUUCAGGAGGAUCUGUUGGUGUCUACUGCUGAUGGCUACCUCCACAUCCUCCACUGGGAUGGAGUCAGCAACGGCAGGAAGGCCAUCAGUCUCUGUAGCGUCCCUUUCUCCCUGGACCUACAGUCUGCCAGAGGUGGUCUGUGUCUGGACCUGAAGGGGGUGUACAUCAGAGACAUGACUUACUGUGUGACUCUGGAUGGCUUUGCUGUGGUGCUGGAUGAUGGCAGGCUGGGGUUCAUCACUCCUCUAGCCAACAGGAUCACUGCAGACCAGCUGCAGGGCGUCUGGGCAGCAGAUGUAACAGACGGCACGUGUGUGGCUGUCAACAAUAAGUACCGACUGGUGACCUUUGGCUGUGCCAGUGGCUCAGUGUUGGUGUACAGUAUCGACACCACUACAGGGUCCAUGCAGCUCUCCCACAAGCUGGAGCUCACUCCUAAACACUACCCCGACGUGUGGAACAAGACGGGUGCGGUGAAGCUGAUCCGCUGGUCCCCUGACUACAGUGUUGCCAUGGUGACCUGGGAGUGCGGGGGACUGUCUCUGUGGAGUGUGUUCGGAGCCCACCUCAUCUGUACCCUGGGGGAGGACUUUGCGUAUCGGUCAGACGGCACUAAAAAGAAACCUAUAAAUAUCAGCUCAAUGUGCUGGGGAGCGGAGGGCUACCAGCUGUGGGUCAUCACCAGCAGAGAGGAGACGGAGCUAGUAGAGAACAUGGAGGAGGCUCCUCCCCAGACCCAGCAGGCUGGCAUACUGCAGUUCCACUUCAUCAAGAGCGCCCUCACGGUCAACCCUUGCACGAGUAACCAGGAGCAGGUGUUACUUCACGGGGAGGACCGUCUCUACCUAACCUGUGGUGACCCCACCCAGCUCCCCUCUAGCAGCUCAGAGAGCCCCCACCCCCAUAACCUCCCCCACGGCGGGGAGGGCAGCCCCCCCCACCACCCAUCGCCCAACUCUACCUCUCAGGGACUCAGCACUUUACUGGGAUACAAGCACUGGCACGUGGUCCAGAUUCACAGUACAUACCUAGAGAGCAACUGGCCUAUACGGUUUGCAGCCAUAGACACAGCAGGCCAGUGUAUAGCUGUAGCAGGGAGACGUGGAUUUGCACAUUACUCCAUGUCCACCAGGAAAUGGAAGCUGUUUGGGAACAUCACUCAGGAGCAGAACAUGACCGUGACAGGGGGACUGGUCUGGUGGAACGGCUUUGUUGUUGUUGCCUGUUACAAUUUCAUCGACCGGCAAGAAGAGCUGCGUCUGUACCUGCGGUCAUCUAACCUGGAUAACACCUUCUCCUCCGUCACCAAGCUGCACUCUGGCACUCUGCUGCUCAACGUGUUCAGAGACAUGAUCAUCCUCUUCAGAGCAGACUGCUCCAUCUGCCUCUACAGCAUGGAGAGGAGACACGACGGGCCCAAUCCAUCAGCCAGUGUUGAGCUGCUUCAGGAGGUGUCCAUGUCUCGCUACAUUCCUCAUCCUGCCCUGGUGGUGUCGGUCACCCUCACCUCCGUACGCACAGAGACCGGCAUCACGCUCAAAGCCCCACAGCAGGCCUGUAUGGCAGACAGCAUCAUCCUGAACCUGGCAGGCCAGCUCAUCAUGCUUCAGAGAGACCGUUCUGGACCCCAGAUACAGGAGAAGCUGCCGUUCUGUCCUCCAGUGGUUCUGGCUCAGUAUGUAGAGAAUGUGUGGACGACGUGUCGCAGUAACAGGAAGAAGCGCCACCUACUGGAGGCUCUGUGGCUGUCGUGUGGAGAGGCUGGGAUGAAGGUGUGGCUCCCCUUGUUCCCCCGUGACCAUCGUAAGCCCCACUCCUUCCUGUCCCGCCGCAUCAUGCUCCCCUUCCACAUCAACAUCUACCCCCUGGCUGUGCUGUUUGAGGAUGCUCUGGUUCUGGGAGCUUCCAACGAGACGGUGCUCUAUGACAGCCUGCAGGGUCCCAGAGAGGGCCGGGAGUCCCUAGAGGGGUUGUUCCCCUACUGCACGGUGGAGAGGACUUCCCAGAUCUACCUCCACCACAUCCUGAGGCAACUCCUGGUCCGUAACCUGGGGGAGCAGGCCCUUCUCCUGGCCCAAUCCUGUGCAGCGCUCCCCUACUUCCCCCACGUCAUGGAGCUCAUGGUUCACGUGGUGCUGGAGGAGGAGGCCACCUCCCGGGAGCCCAUCCCUGACCCGCUGCUGCCCACCGUGGCCAAGUUCAUCACCGAGUUCCCCCUGUUCCUCCAGACCAUCGUGCACUGCGCCAGGAAGACAGAGUUUGCCCUGUGGAACUACCUGUUUGCUGCUGUGGGCAACCCCAAGGAUCUGUUUGAGGAAUGUCUGAUGGCUCAGGACCUGGACACCGCUGCAUCCUAUCUCAUUAUACUACAGAACAUGGAGGUUCCAGCGGUGAGCAGGCAACACGCUACGCUACUCUUCAACACGGCUCUGGAGCAGGGCAAGUGGGACCUCUGUCGUCACAUGAUCCGAUUCCUCAAGGCCAUUGGCUCUGGGGAGAUGGAGACCCCACCCCCAACACCAACCACUCAGGAACCCAGUUCGACAGGAGGUUUUGAGUUAUUCAGGAAUCGCAGCAUCAGUCUGUCUCAGUCAGCUGACAGCAUCGCUGCUGGGAAGUUUAACCUACAGAAGACCUUUAGCAUGCCUUCUGGGCCCUCUGUUAAGGGGUCUGACAGGUGGUCUAAGGACAGUGACUGUGCAGAGAACAUGUACAUAGACAUGAUGUUGAGGCGUCACGCCCGCCACCUCCUUGAGCACGUCAGACUAAAAGAGUUGGGUUGUUUCUCUGCCCAGCUGGGCUUCGAGCUGAUUGGCUGGCUGUGCCACGAGCGCACGCGGGUGGCGCGGGUUGAUGACUUUGUCAUGGCGCUGAAGUGUCUCCACAAGGACUUCCUGUGGCCGUUUCCUGUCAUCCCAGCCGGCUCCAUGAGCUCGCCUUUCAAGAACGGACACCGCAGGACAGUGCUGAGCCAGCAUCUACUGAAGUCCCAGUCAGCAGACAGCCUGUUGAACAGUGACAUGGACACAGCGCCCCCGCAGGCCGCAGCACGCAACAGCAACCACACCUGGCUAGACGGGCUGGGGGCUCUUGGACCUACAGAGCCUACAGAGAUGGACACUGCCUUGUCCCACGGGGGGCCACAGACACAGGAGGCCUUCCUCUCUCCACUAACCAACAAAACGGAGGAGUGCAGUAUCGACUCUGCCACAGACCUGACAGAGACCAGCAGCAUGGUGGAUGGAGACUGGACCAUGGUGGAUGAAAACUUCUCUACUCUCAGUCUGACCCACUCUGAGCUGGAACACAUCUCCAUGGAGCUGGCUAACAAGGGACCACACAAGUCCCAGGUCCAGCUACGGUACCUCCUGCAUGUGUUCAUGGAGGCUGGCUGUCUGGAGUGGUGUGUUGUGAUUGGUCUGAUCCUGAGAGAGGCCGCAGUCAUCAAGCAGGUGGUCAACUUCCUGGACAGCCCCGAGGUUCCUCCUGAGACAGUCCAGAGUGUCCGCUCCGGCCUGCUAGGGGUCGACGCAUGGGCCUCCACAGACUGCCUGGGCUAUAAGCCCUUCCUGAACAUGAUCCGGCCCCAGCUACAGAAGCUCAUAGAGACUUCUGUAGAGCAGAUCCAGCCUGAAGCCUUCCUGCCAGGGGCUUCCAACUCGAAGCUGGCUGAGCCCCAGCCCGGAGGCCCCAGUGCGGAAGACAGUAGGGGGCCUGCUCUCCUGGGUCUGGCCCUUCCUUUGGAGCCCCCUGGGGGGUUAGGGACAGAGGACGGCAGAGUUCCAGAGGAGCAGGAGGAACAGGAAGUGGACGAGGGGGUGUACGACUGCACUCUGUCCUGACAUGCCCAGUCCUGACCUGAGUCAUGUUCAUUAGGCACCAAACGGAAGAAAUGGACUGAAACAGGGAGGGACUGACUAUAUUGACUUAAACUUUUUUGCUACGGUAAGCCCUGAUGAAUACAGCCCUUUUCUGACCUCUGACCUUGCUGGGCGGGUGUGACAGGAUGAAGAAGAGAGACACUGGAAGUCUCAGACUAAACUCUGUGUGUCUGGAACCAGUUUGUUGACUGAUAAGGACUCAGAUUUUCCAUUAUGUGUGAGACUGUGUGUGUCAUGGUAUUGUGUGUAUUACUACACUGGGUGUGUAACAUUUGGAAGCCUCAAACGCAAGUGGACAUUCUCGACUUCUCUCCAGUCCGGAUACUCGUCCAUCCCAGUGCUGGAGCAGGGUCAGUCAGUGAGUGAGCUCUUGUGUUUUAAGUGUGUCAGUAUUGUCCAAUUGAUUAUGGACUUGAGUCAUUGCAGACAUCGUUAGUCAGGACACAGCCGAUUCAUAACAAAAAAUAAAUAAAUCUUACCUAAAAUAUAGAUAUGACAGAUGACGUGCUUCUAGCCAUCUAUUUAUUUUGCUCUGCGUAAAAUUUUUUUUUUAAAGAAAUUUGCUCACAGACCAGAGUUUACCAGACUGAGUUUGGGCUUGUCAGGCUUUAUUCUGGGAUUAAAGCAGGCAGUUUGUGUUGCAAGUUAGUAUUUUACCAAAAUAUGCUUUUCAGAUCAGAGAAAUGCUGUCUGGAUUGUGCUCGUCUGGGCUAUAGUGUCUAGAUAAAAAUGUCAGAUCGCCGUGAUGACGUGCUGGGCAAAAAGCAUCCGGGUUAUUGUCUGUUAGACCUGUCACAUAUUAAGCUUAAUUGGCUCAUUCCACAUUACAGAAAGUUCCACCUAUAACUGUAUAUUUUUGUCACAGUUUGUACAACGGUCUUUUGUACUUUGUUGUGAAGGAGUUCAGAUAUAACUUUUUGCAAGGAAUCAACUAUGUGUGCUGGACAUUUUAUGAGAUGCACUAAAGUGUGUGUUGGUGUUAUAUUGUAUACCUCCUACUGUACCGUGGAUUUAAAGAUGCCUUGGUCAAUAAUGUGAUAUUAUUCUACCACAUUACUUCAUGAGACGAUGUCAGUCCCCUCACUAAGAUAUUAAAGACUAGUGUGAGAAUUCUGUUGGUCGAGAGAGAAGACAUGUGUGUGAUGACCUGGAUUGGAGGUGAAUGUUGUUGACGAGGGCCUGACCAGGCCUCAACCAAACCAUGACUGACUCCUGAAGGGAGAAUCUAAUGUUCUCUGAGGACAAACCAAAUUAUUAUGGAGAUCCUGACCUGCGUCUUUACACACAUGCUUUAGGAUUGGCUCUAGAAUUAAAGCAUUACUGUUGUUGGCUUCCGUCAUGCUGGAGGAUCCAAACUGAGACAAACUAUAUUCAUAAUUCACUUUGUAUUGAUGGCAUAUUAUGUCAUGCCAGAGAUCAUUUUUAUUUGCCCCCUUUUUAAAUAGAUAAGAGAUCAACUGAUCCACACUUUGGCGUUAAUUCAAUGUCACAUUUCAGUAUCGUUUUCUAAAGGUAGGAUUGUGUUUGUCUCCUAUCAGUGAUCUUGGUGUUUCCUUAGCAAUGGCUGUGGAGUUGAAUAGCUCCUAUACUAUUUAAUGUAUUCUGACAAUGUGUCCAUAAGAAUUUAAGUCUAUAAGGGCUUGGUUGUUAUCACCGUGGUAACAUGGCAGUAACAUACCAAAAUCUCAAUCAUGUAAAACUGAAAACGAUGACUGAGAAUAUCUCCAACACUGACGCAGCUUUCAGAAGCAGCUCCUGUGUGCAUGAUGUGGAACGGUAAAGACUGAUUCCAUGUCAGGAUACUGUACUUAAUCUUUUAUGAUCGUCAGUAUUAUUAUUUAUUGGUUGUGGUGUUAUUGCUAAUGGGAAAAUAUUAGCCUUUAAUUAUUCAUUCAAAUUGUUUUAUUUCGGCUAUAUCGAAGCAACUAAACAAGAAUUAUUUGCUUUUGCCUCAACUCGUACUGUAGUCAUUUGAGUCGUUCUUAGGCCUAGCGCCCAGGUCGAUAUCCUGCCACCUGACCAGCAUAGAGCUCUCAGGCCCAGCGCCCAGGUCGAUAUCCUGCCACCUGACCAGCAUAGCUCUCAGGCCCAGCGCCCAGGUCGAUAUCCUGCCACCUAACCAGCAUAGAGCUCUCAGGCCCAGCGCCCAGGUCGAUAUCCCGCAACCUGACCAGCAUAGAGCUCUCUCACGCCCAGCGCCAAGAUCGAUAUCCCGCCACCUGACCAGCAUAGAGCUCUCUCACGCCCAGCGCCAAGGUCGAUAUCCCGCCACCUGACCAGCAUAGAGCUCUCUCAGGCCCAGGUCGAUAUCCCGCCACCUGACCAGCAUAGAGUUCUCAGGCCCAGCGCCAAGGUAGAUAUCCCGCCACCUGACCAGCAUAGAGCUCUCAGGCCCAGCGCCAAGGUCGAUAUCCUGCCACCUGACCAGCAUAGAGCUCUCAGGCCCAGCGCCAAGGUCGAUAUCCUGCCACCUGACCAGCAUAGAGCUCUCAGGCCCAGCGCCCAGGUCAAUAUCCCGCCACCUGACCAGCAUAGAGCUCUCUCACGCCCAGCGCCAAGAUCGAUAUCCCGCCACCUGACCAGCAUAGAGCUCUCUCACGCCCAGCGCCAAGGUCGAUAUCCCGCCACCUGACCAGCAUAGAGCUCUCUCAGGCCCAGGUCGAUAUCCCGCCACCUGACCAGCAUAGAGUUCUCAGGCCCAGCGCCAAGGUAGAUAUCCUGCCACCUGACCAGCAUAGAGCUCUCAGGCCCAGCGCCCAGGUCAAUAUCCCGCCACCUGACCAGCAUAGAGCUCUCUCACGCCCAGCGCCAAGAUCGAUAUCCCGCCACCUGACCAGCAUAGAGCUCUCUCACGCCCAGCGCCAAGGUCGAUAUCCCGCCACCUGACCAGCAUAGAGCGCUCUCAGGCCCAGGUCGAUAUCCCGCCACCUGACCAGCAUAGAGUUCUCAGGCCCAGCGCCAAGGUAGAUAUCCCGCCACCUGACCAGCAUAGAGCUCUCAGGCCCAGCACCAAGGUCGAUAUCCUGCCACCUGACCAGCAUAGAGCUCUCAGGCCCAGCGCCAAGGUCGAUAUCCUGCCACCUGACCAGCAUAGAGCUCUCAGGCCAAGGUCGAUAUCCUGCCACCUGACCAGCAUAGAGCUCUCAGGCCAAGGUCGAUAUCCAGCCACCUGACCAGCAUAGAGCUCUCAGGCCCAGGUCGAUAUCCCGCCACCUGACCAGCAUAGAGCUCUCUCACGCCCAGCGCCCAGGUCGAUAUCCCGCCACCUGACCAGCAUAGAGCUCUCUCACGCCCAGCGCCAAGGUCGAUAUCCCGCCACCUGACCAGCAUAGAGCUCUCUCACGCCCAGUGCCCAGGUCGAUAUCCCGCCACCUGACCAGCAUAGAGCUCUCUCAGGCCCAGGUCGAUAUCCCGCCACCUGACCAGCACAGAGCUCUCUCACGCCCAGCGCCCAGGUCGAUAUCCCGCCACCUGACCAGCAUAGAGCUCUCAGGCCCAGCGCCCAGGUCGAUAUCCCGCCACCUGACCAGCAUAGAGCUCUCAGGCCCAGCGGCAAGGUCGAUAUCCCGCCACCUGACCAGCAUAGAGCUCUCAGGCCCAGCGGCAAGGUCGAUAUCCCGCCACCUGACCAGCAUAGAGCUCUCAGGCCCAGGUCGAUAUCCCGCCACCUGACCAGCAUAGAGCUCUCAGGCCAAGGUCGAUAUCCCGCCACCUGACCAGCAUAGAGCUCUCAGGCCAAGGUCGAUAUCCCGCCACCUGACCAGCAUAGAGCUCUCAGGCCAAGGUCGAUAUCCCGCCACCUGACCAGCAUAGAGCUCUCAGGCCAAGGUCGAUAUCCCGCCACCUGACCAGCAUAGAGCUCUCUCACGCCCAGCGCCCAGGUCGAUAUCCCGCCACCUGACCAGCAUAGAGCUCUCAACCUUCAAACGGGAAUCGAUGGUGAAACAACCACAUCAUUUGUGAUUUUACAACAACAGUUACUAUCUUUUCCCCCUCUGACAUCAUUGCACGCGUGACAGAAGAGCUUAAUAUGUACUGCCUUGUUUUCACCAGGCUGCACGACGUUCAGCAGCAACAACGGUGGUGGGGCGGCCAGUGGCGCCGUUUCCCCCCUACUGCAGAUGCCAUCUUUAACAGCCUGCAAAACUCUGGCUCAUAUCCACAACACAACUGAGUAGGAACGCUGAUCUAGGAACAGGGCCCCAUGUAUUCAUUGAGCUCUAAAUGGAAAUACUGGUCCUAGAUCAGCUGUUUCUCCAGACAAUUGUUAGUGCUCUGUGAACAAUGCAGUUUUCUUUACUGUGUGUAUUUCUUCUAUAUUAGCUAGGUUCAGUACAUCACUGUUAAACUGUGCAAUUCUGAAACGUUGCUUUGUUUCAGCUGUUUUUUUCUCUUUAGAUUUACAUUCAGCUCCACGUUUUACUGUCACUCAUACCAACCAAAACGUUUGUACUUUAAACAGUAUUUUGCUGCAGCUCACUGUGCUUGUAGUUUUGUAUUUUUAAACAUUUUGCUGCAGCUCACUGCUUGUAGUUUGUAUUUGCCUGUAUUCUUAUUCUAUUGUUCUGCAGCAUUGUUUUUACGAGAACCUCUUUGGCCGUGACUGUACACUAGCCUGAGUCCCAGACCGGUUCCAUUUCUGUCAUUGUCAUGUUUGCUAUGGAGUUGGCAAGACGGCACAAACAGAACAGGGAACAAGUUAACUACACAGCAUCGAUGUGCUUCUAUACCACCUGUCCUCUGCUGCCAGUACAGUAUGUGCAGUAGCUUACUAUCUGCUCUCAAGCCCACAAAACCCCAGCUGUGAAGUUUACCUAACGUAAUAAGGUUGUUGGCUAACCAAAGACAUGUUCUGAGGCCUUGGGUCAACGUGACUUGAGUGCUUGUAUAUGCAGAGGUAUAAUGAAACCCCUCUGAUGAAAGAAUCAUUGCUGCAGUUAGUACUUAAGACAGUUUAUCGAUAUUAUGAUUAUACACGUUUCAUGUUUCCAUCUGAGGACUAGAAGUCUAUUGUUUCGUGUGUCUGUCUCUGCUGUUGAGGAAAAGCACAAUGUCAGACAUGAUGACAGUGGUACUCUUUUCAUACAAAAUCUGUAUGAAGGACAUAUCUGACGCAGUAACAUUCCCUGGGUCAGUAUAGAUACUGUUUCUUGUACAAUUUGCCUUUUCUACUCAUUUGUUUUCAAUUUUUUCCUGUACAUAAACAAUAAAUUAUAUUUUAAAACCAA